AUAAAGCUCAGUCAGUCUUCUGGUCUUCUGGCCCCCAAUUGUCUCGAGUGUGAGUUAGCCAAGUAAAUUAGCGUCCGUUUUGUCACUUCUUAGGUCCUGUAGCCACUCUGCCCUACAGCGCGGCAACUGACACGUUGUGAUCGAGGGGCUGAGCGGGGAUGAAAAAAAAGAUUCAAGAGGUUGGAGGUUUGCUCGACCUUUCUCCCUCCCCAGUUUUAUUUUUCCCUGUUCGACUUACCCAAUGACGCAUGAUUGAUCCGCAGAAUCGCAUCGCAACGCAACGCGUUCCUAAAGCAACAUUUCCUACCUAGGUAGCUUAGUAUCCAAUUUCAACCCCUCCAGACGGCUAUCUAGCGAUUUCCCAGCGCUUCGGUCAGUGGAGACUGUGCGCCAAACCCCAACCUCUGUGGUAGUCGUCGCGGGGCAUCAGCAGAUUGUGGGCGACUCGUACAACCGCAAGCCAUCGCGUCCUCUUUGGUUUUCUCGCUCGCGACCGUGAAGCAUCAGCUUCUCCCGCGCAUUGAGCUUUCCACCACCGGUUCGAAAACACUCCUAUCUGCGCAAUCAGCCAAAGCGCCUCAACGAAACUAGCCUGGCAGAUCAAGAAAUCACCCGCAGCACCGAACGAACCCGCUGCGACCCUUUUUUUUCUUUCUUUUUCUUUCUCGUUCGGCGUGGAUGCUGACGGACCCAAAGCCUAAAAGCGCAUCCGAGACGAUAAGCGACAAAUCGCAGCAAAAAGAAAGAAUCUCUGAAAAAUCAAGCCACCUCGGUCGUCUGAAAUACUCUUCUUGGUCUCCUUCCUAUAUGCGAUUCUCGAGUCAUAGUGACAAGUCGUCUCCCAACGUCGGCAUCUGCCCCUAACGAUCAUGAACGGAGCAACACAGGCGCUCUCCGGCGUGUCAGAAGUGCCGUUGGCGGAGGAUGCGCAACAACACCAGCCAUCGUCGGGAUCGAACGGGACACCUACAGUGGAAGGGAACGGUGCUGCUACCGCCGCUGCGGCAGCAGCAGCGGGACUGAAGAAACGGAAAAAGGACGCGCUGAAGCCCAUAAUCACGACAGAAAAUCCCGCUCCCACCUCGCAAUCAGGGACCGCCCAUCUCUCAGCCCACUCCCCGACUUCGUCAUCUUCGCACGAUGAUCCCGAGAACACCGCAGACGAGGAGGAUUCGGAGGAUUAUUGCAAAGGCGGCUAUCACCCAGUGCAGAUUGGCGAGAAGUUUAAAGACGGAAAAUACACAAUAGUGCGGAAGCUAGGAUGGGGACAUUUUUCGACCGUCUGGUUGUCGAGGGACAACUCAUCGGGCAAGCACGUUGCCCUCAAGGUCGUGCGAUCCGCCGCUCAUUAUACCGAAACCGCCAUCGACGAGAUUAAGCUUCUCAAUAAGAUUGUGCAAGCAAAGCCAGACCAUCCCGGCCGGAAGCAUGUUGUCAGCUUGCUCGACUCAUUCGACCACAAAGGCCCGAAUGGCACACACGUCUGCAUGGUUUUUGAAGUACUUGGCGAGAACCUGCUAGGGUUGAUCAAGAAGUGGAAUCACAGGGGUAUUCCCAUGGCUCUUGUCAAGCAGAUCACGAAGCAGGUGCUUUUGGGUCUCGACUAUUUACACCGAGAGUGCGGCAUCAUACACACGGAUCUCAAGCCCGAGAAUGUCUUGAUUGAGAUUGGGGACGUCGAGCAAAUUGUCAAGAGGGUUGUCAAGAGCGAGCCAUCAGACAAGGAGAACAACCGGAAUGGGCGGAGACGGCGUAGGACGUUGAUCACUGGCAGCCAGCCACUUCCUUCACCGCUCAAUGCUACUUUCAAUCACGCAAACCUCUUCCCGUCACCGAGUUCACAACAUUCCAGCCUCGGCCAGAUGCUGCACGAUGGCGCAAAAAGCAAGUCAUCACCAUCACCUAGAAGGGAUGGAGAUGAUAAACAGAAGCAAAGAGAGAAGUCAGCAGACUUACUCUCCAGGGAGGUUUCGGGUAUAUCACUCGAUAAGACGGGCGAGAAACGCAAGGCAGACGACAACCACGGUUUCGAUGUUAUCAGUGUCAAGAUCGCGGACCUGGGAAAUGCCUGCUGGGUCAGCCACCACUUUACAAAUGAUAUCCAAACAAGGCAAUAUAGGUCGCCGGAAGUGAUCUUAGGAUCUAAAUGGGGCGCAAGUACGGAUGUAUGGAGCAUGGCAGCUAUGGUUUUUGAGCUCAUCACUGGAGACUACCUAUUUGACCCACAAUCCGGCACCAAGUACGGCAAAGACGACGAUCACAUUGCGCAGAUCAUCGAGCUUCUCGGUCCAUUUCCCAAAUCCCUCUGCUUAUCCGGCAAGUGGUCACAAGAGAUCUUCAACCGCAAGGGCGAGCUGCGCAACAUCCAUCGGUUGAGGCACUGGGCGCUGCCCGACGUCCUGAAGGAGAAGUAUCACUUUAAGGAGGAGGAAGCCAAGCGGAUUGCCGAAUUCCUGCUACCUAUGCUGGAGCUGGUUCCUGAGAAGCGGGCCAACGCGGGCGGCAUGGCAGCUCAUGUAUGGCUGGACGACACGCCGGGCAUGAAGGGGGUUAAAAUCCCUGGCUUGGAUGCCGGCAGUCGUGGGGAAGGGAUUGAUGGGUGGGCCAAUGAGGUACGGAAGCGCUGAAGCACGCUCCCGGAGUUACCACCAUCGUCGGGUUGAUGAUGUGUUGUUUCAUGGACAGAGAGUUUUCUUCUAGGGGAGUUAUGUCGAACCGCAUGUCCGGCCUUUUUUUUCUCUGGAGAGGAAUACUUUUUCACCGUGAAAGAGCUCGGUCCUGGCUGGUAGGCAGUCAUGCCAGCCAGGGCAGGGAACCAAUCGUUAUAAUAGCAUCAGCUUCCUUCUGUCUGGCGGCGUACAUUCAUCAUUUUUUUGUCGUGCCUUUUUUUUUCUGUUUUUUGUUGGAAUAGCAAGACCACUUUCAUGAUCUGUGCAGUUUUGUUUCUAUUGUUCCUUUUACGAUUAGACCAAACACGACAACCAGCGCAACGUAUAGAAGAGCCUAAGCUACAUGCUCGUCUCAACAUCUAACAUGGUGCUCAUAAUGUAGG